GUCAAUAAGAUUGGUGAAGGGGGUUUUGGUAGCGUUUACAAGGGUAAACUUCCUAACGGACAAGAAAUUGCUGUCAAGAGGCUCUCAAAAAACUCAAGGCAAGGAGCAAAAGAAUUCAAGAAUGAGGUUGUGUUAGUGGCAACGCUUCAACACCGCAAUCUGGUUAGGCUAUUAGGAUUUUGCUUGGAGGGAGAAGAAAAAAUCCUUAUCUACUAGUUUGUACCCAACAGAAGCCUCGAUUACUUCCUAUUUGAUCCUGAGCAAAGCAUGCUGUUAGAUUGGCAGAGACGUUACAAGAUCAUUGAAGGGAUUGCUCGAAGACUACUUUAUCUUCACGAAGAUUCCCGCCUUCGAAUUAUUCAUAGGGAUCUUAAAACAAGCAAUAUCUUGUUAGAUGGGGAAAUGAGUCCCAAGAUCUCAGACUUUGGGAUGGCAAGAAUUUUUGGCCUGGGCCAAACUGAAGAAAAUACAAACAGAAUAGUUGGGACUUAUGGUUACAUGUCUCCGGAGUAUGCAAUGUGUGGGCAGUUCUCAGUGAAAUCAGACGUUUUCAGCUUUGGUGUAUCAGUUUUGGAGAUUGUAAGUGGAAAGAAGAAUACUAGUUUCUAUCACACAGACGACGUCGAGGACCUUAGAAGCUAUGCAUGGAGGCAUUGGAAUGCAGGAACAGCCUUGGAGUUGAUUGAUCCAAUCUUGAGAGAAAAUUGUUCAAGAAGUGAAGUGAUGAGAUGCAUUCAUAUUGGGUUAUUGUGUGUUCAAGAAAAUGUAGCUGACAGGCCCACUAUGGCCAACAUAGUACUUAUGUUGAGCAGCUACCUAAUUACUCCUCCAUCACCCUCACAACCAGCCUUUUUUGUGCCAAACAGAAUGGAAGCAAAGAUAAAUAUAGAAGGGGAAAACAUGCAGGAAGCCGAAUUAGGUCAAUCUGCCAAUGAAGUGUCAAUCACUGAGUUAGGGUCCCGAUAA